UCGCUGGAGCUGUUAAGAACUCUAAAAACUAGGAACAAUGGCGGAAAAUGUGGUAAUUGAUUUCCAAUUGAACAAAGCGGAGUGGGAGAACAAUAAGGAAAUUCAAAUAUUCCAAGAAUAUCUUCGAAUUCCCACCGUGCAUCCAAACAUCGAUUUCACUGCUUGCUUGGAAUUCCUAAAACGUCAAGCAGCAGAUCUUGGACUGUCUGUGGAUGUGGUUUAUCCUGGCAACGAGAAGAAUCCCGUGUUGAUUAUGAAAUGGGAAGGCAGCCAGCCCGAGCUGCCUUCGAUCAUACUCAACUCGCACAUGGAUGUGGUGCCCGUUUAUCCCGAGAAGUGGACACACGAUCCUUUUAGUGCUUACUUGGACGACGAUGGCUGCAUUUAUGCUCGAGGUGCACAGGACACCAAGGAGAUUGGCACUCAAUAUUUGGGCGCAAUUCGUGCUCUCAAGGCAACUGGCUUCCAGCCAAAGCGUACUGUGUAUGUGACCUUUGUGCCCGAUGAAGAAGUGGGAGGUUAUCUUGGCAUGCGUGAGUUUGUCAAGACGGAUUACUUUAAGAAGAUGAAUGUAGCAUUCAGCUUGGACGAAGGAUCGCCCAGCAGGAAUGAGGUGUACAAUCUUUACUAUGCAGAGCGAACUGCGUGGCCCAUUCGCUUCGAGAUCAGCGGCGCUUCGGGACAUGGCUCAAUGCUGUUUCCCAAUACAGCUGGCGAAAAGUUCCAAUACAUAUUGUCAAAGAUGAACGAGUUCCGCAAUUCACAGGUCAAGUUGCUAAAAGACAAUCCCAAGCUGAUGAUUGGCGAUGUAACCACAGUGAAUCUGACUAAAGUUAGCGGUGGAGUUCAGAAUAAUGUCGUUCCUCCAAAGCUGGAAGCAGUCUUUGAUUUGCGCAUUGCUGUUACACAGGAUGCAGCUGCUUUGGAGCAACAAUUCCGUGAUUGGUGUGUCGAAGCAGGCGGCGGCAUUGAGAUUGUCUUUGAACGCAAAGAUGAUUUCUCGCCAGCCACAAAUAUUGAGGCAACGAAUCCAUUCUGGACAGCCUUUCAACAGGGUUUGGCUGAGCUCAAUAUCAAAGUCAAACCAAGUGUGUGUCCUGGCGUCACAGACAGUCGCUAUCUGCGUACCAAAGGAGUUUCGGCGCUUGGCUUCUCGCCAUUGAACAACAACACAACAGUGCGUAUACAUGAUCACGAUGAGUACAUACGAGCAGACGUGUAUCUAUAUGGCAUCGAGGUCUAUAAGAAAGUUAUCCCAGCUGUUACAAGUGUUUAAGGCAACAUAAUUUAUGUGAUUUUUAUGCUCAAUAAACAAAUU